UUAGAGAGAGAGAGAGAGAGAGAGAGAGAGAGAGAGAGAGAGCUCAGAGAGGCCACCAGCCACUCCCUCUAACCUGUCUCACCAACUCACAUCUAGAAGCAAUUAGGGCCCCUUCUCUCUCUCUCUGUCUCUCUGGGUCAAAAGGCUAUAAAAUCAUACGCCAAUUCCUCGCAAGGGCCGGCCUUUAUGUUGCAGCAAUACAAAAAACAAGGCCUCCAUUUUCCACCUCCUCCUCCACCACUACUUCAGCUGUAGCUAAAACCAAAAACACAACAUAAAACAACAACAACAACAACAACAGCUCUAGCUGCUCCUACUUCUUCUUCUUCUUCUUCUAAAAAGUCUUAACUUUUUUUAUUUAUAUAGUUUUUGAUUAAAUGGGAAGAUCUCCUUGCUGUGAAAAGGCUCACACCAACAAAGGAGCUUGGACCAAAGAAGAAGACGAUCGCCUCAUUGCCUACAUCAGAGCCCAUGGCGAAGGCUGCUGGCGCUCACUCCCCAAAGCUGCUGGUCUCCUUAGAUGUGGGAAGAGUUGCAGGCUGCGUUGGAUCAAUUACCUUAGACCUGAUCUCAAACGUGGCAAUUUCACUGAAGAAGAAGAUGAGCUCAUCAUCAAACUCCAUAGCCUCCUCGGAAACAAAUGGUCUUUGAUAGCUGGAAGACUACCUGGAAGAACAGACAAUGAGAUAAAGAACUACUGGAACACCCACAUAAGAAGGAAGCUUUUGACCAGAGGUAUCGACCCUACAACUCACAGAGCACUCAAUGAGGCAGCUCAGGAUUCUGCUACCACCACAAUUUCUUUUGCAGCUUCUGCUAAUAUCAAAGAAGAAGAUCAAAAAAGCAGCAUUAUUAAUGGGCUUCUGGGCAAAGACUCAAAGAAACCAGUUCAAGAAAGGUGCCCAGACUUGAACCUUGAGCUCCAAAUCAGCCCUCCUUGCCAGCCACAACAACCCAGUGAGCCUUUGAAGAGUGGAGGGAGGGGCGUUUGCUUUUCUUGCAGUUUGGGGCUUCAAGAUGCAAAGAAUUGCAGCUGUGGAAUUGACACUAUUGGCAGCAGCACCACCAGUGGCACCACCAAUGUUGGUUAUGAUUUCUUGGGCUUGAAAAGUGGGGUUUUGGAUUACAGAAGCUUGGAGAUGAAAUGAGACUGGUUUUUCAGGUCAUGAAAAUAUUGUCAUAUGUAGUUGGGGCUGAGUGGGAAGAGAAAAUGAGAAAAAAAAAAGAGAUUGCUUUGGCUAAUUAUAUCCCUUGAAAGCUCUCUGAUUAUUUUCUCGUUUGCCUCUAAUUUUUAUGACUGUUAGUGAAUGUUAGUAUAAUACCAGUACAGCUGAUUGAUGAUGGAAAUGUCUUUGAUCCUUUACUAGAAUGAGUUUGUCUGCCCAAGGCCAAGUGUUUUAUUAUUAUAUAUAUAUUUUUUUUUUAAAUCCA